AGCCACUCUGGUGCACUCUGGUGGUUUUUGCAGCAGCGUCACUUCUUGCUUGAUCUCCAAACACUCCAAACUGUGGCAUUGUGGCUCAAGAUUUCAGCGAAAAACAAACUAAUCCCAGUGGAUGGGUUUAAAUGGACAAGGCGGACUUUUCUUCUAUGAAACUUUUUUUCCCUCCACUUGAUAUUUGGACUUUUUUCUUGGAUUCUCCAAAGUGCUGCAACUCCAUGAACUAAUAUUGUUUCAGCAUUAUGGACUGUUUGGAUACAUCUCAUUAGGAAUCAUGCGGUUGCUGUCGUUGCUGUUGUCUCGACCAGAAGAACUUCCACAAACAAGCACAUCUUUGGAAACAUGGAGCACCUCCACUGGCUUUUGAACAGAGUCAAACAAGACUCCCAACGUGUGAAAUGUAAGCAGUGACUACAAAGUGAAGAGUAACUUUAAGUUUUGGUGAGGAAAACUUCAAUGACUUUAUUUUGACCAGAUGCUUGUAAAAAGUGCUCAUUUGACAGUUUUGUUGAGCUUGACGUAAAAAACAAAUUUUCAACUGGUGAAUAAUGGAUGGAAACCUGAGUACUACAGCAUCCUUGGGGAUUAACGCAACAAAAUCCUACCACGACGCGGCAGGACCCUGGAGCCUCAUCAUACUGGUCAUCAUCAUACUGACCAUAGUGAUGGGAAACCUGCUGGUCAUCAUCGCCGUAGCGCGUACGUCGCAACUACAGACAACGACAAACAUCUUCGUUAUGUCCCUAGCGUGUGCGGACCUCAUCAUGGGGGUCCUCGUGGUGCCUCUCGGGGCCACGAUCGUGGUGACAGGUGACUGGCAGCUUAGCGACACGUUUUGUGAGUUCUGGACUUCCGUGGACGUCCUGUGUGUGACGGCGAGCAUCGAGACGCUGUGUGUCAUCGCAGUCGAUCGGUACAUAGCCAUCACAAGGCCGCUGCGAUACAAGGUCCUACUCAAUAAGUGUCGUGCCAGGGUCAUAGUUUGUUUAGUGUGGGUCGUGUCUGCCUUAAUUUCCUUUGUGCCAAUUAUGAAAGGGUACUGGCGAGCAGUGGAAGACCUCGAGGCACAGAGGUGCUACAACAACACUGCAUGCUGUGACUUUGUGACCAACUGGGCCUUUGCUAUUAUAUCUUCUAUAGUGUCUUUUUACAUUCCACUGCUCAUUAUGAUAUUUGUGUAUGCAAAAGUCUUUCUAAUAGCAACACAGCAAGUCAAGCUCAUAGACAAGAAUCGCAUUCGUUUCCAGAAUGAGUGCACCACAGGAAAGAUACAAGUUUGCCCUAACAUCAACAAUAUCCUGCCCUCUGCAUGUGCAGGCUCAGGCAGCUGCAACAGUGUAGUGAGUAGAAAGAGUGCCAAGCGCAGGCCGUCACGGCUCAUACUGGUCAAAGAGCAUAAGGCCCUCAAGACUCUGGGUAUCAUCAUGGGGACCUUCACUGUGUGCUGGCUCCCGUUCUUUGUCGCCAACAUCAUCAACGCUUUUAACAGAGACGUUCCCCCCGAGAAGAUCUUCCGACUGUUGAACUGGCUGGGUUACAUCAACUCCGGCCUCAACCCCAUCAUCUACUGCAGGAGUCCAGAGUUUCGCACUGCGUUCAAGAACCUGCUGGGCUGCCCGUGGCUGUCCACUCUGCAGCUCAAUACUUUAUAUAAAGAGCUGCGGACGCGCUGCUCCUGUUUUCUGUGGCAAGCUGAGUCAGGCACAGCUGGAUCUUUCCAAAAGUCCCCGAACAGUCGGACUGAGGGCAACGAGAGCCUGGCUAGUUGGCAGGGAAGCAGCAAAAGCGAGGCGGCUUCUCCUGGUCCUCUGCAGUCCAACGGCAGCACACAAUUCAGUGACUCAGAACCAGAAACCAAAUUCUUCACACUGCAGGAAAAGGACGGAUGAAGGGGGAAACGUCGAGCUGCUGAAGCAAACUACAUGUUCUCCAGCUGUCUCUGUGACUCCUGCAAAGGCUGAGACCAACCAUUGGUGAGGACAAGCUGAAGAAGAGUGCGACUACUGGCCCUGAUAAACGCAGCCGAACCCCAAAGAGCUGGAUUGUCUGUAGAGAAACAGAAAGGAACACGGUGACUGGCUCUGUGCACAGGAGAUAGCCGGCUGUGAGUCAGCACAUUAGCUGACACCGGUGUCGUCUCAAUGCUGUUUGCAAAAGAGCGCCUGUUCCUGAAUAUGAGACAAUACUUAGCUGUGAGGGUUAAAUGUAUUCCAGUGAGCCUUUGGACACAGCGCAUGUCGCCUGUAGUCUAAAAAAUAAAAGCAUAAAAUUGUUUUGUAUAAUAUAUUAUCUUGUAAGUUAUCUAUUUAUGAUACACUGAAUCUGUAGCAGGGUACAAAAGUUGCCUUAUCUGAAACAAGGUAAAGCUGCCAUUACUGUCUAGUUAAGAAAAAAAUAUUUUUACUAGUGUAAUUUCAGCUAAACCAAAGGGCUGUGCAUUCAAAUAUUCUGGUGUCUCUUUUUCGUCUUAAUCUUUCUGUUUCGAGCCUGGACUCGUACAAUCGUUAUCUUGCUUAAAUCUCCUAUUGUCCACUGGUUCCCAAACUGGGGGGGGGGGGACUCCCUGGGGUGUCACAACACAGAGGGAGGGUCGCAAGAUGAUUUCCAGACAUCAAAUACCAUUUAAAAACAAUUCUUAUUAACACAUCAUAUCAAUUAUUGUUCCAAAAGCUAAAUAAUAGAAGCUAGAUUUAAAUAAUCCAUGGGUGAGUUUACAGCACCACACGAAACACUGCAACAUGUGCACAUAGCUGAUUUUUUGUGAUAAUGGGGGUUGAAAGUCUCAUUGUUAUUUGGGAACGUUUGGGAACCUCUGUCCUCGUCUUAAUCAGUUUAUGUUGUAGCUAUGAAAAAAUGGCUCAAAUCCUACAUCAGGAGAUCUCAAGCAAAAUUCAUUAGGAUUUAACCAUCAGUAUGUGCAAGGUACAGUCCAGCUGCAGCUAGACAUGAUAUUAUCCAUCCGCUACAUGCUGUGUCUCUUUGGUAAGUGGCAGUAUAAGCUCAAUAACACACUCUGAAAUGUCCAGAGAUAGACAAAUAAUGAUUUGAUCAUGGGCUUGACAUCAUCCAUUAUUUUGUUGUACUGGGACACUUUGUAAUGCGUUAUUAAUUACAUAACAUCAUCCGUCGCAAUGAGAAAUAAAGUAUUAUAAAACUGUG